AUGGCCUCCCAAAGCACACUGACCCCCAGCCCGAGUCUCAGCCGCGAGAUCUCUCGCGACAAAAGCCCCCCGCCCCUCCAAGACGCCGACCUCGAAAAAGCGCCCACCACACCCUCCCCCCGCCAGUCCUCCCGCCAAGUCUUCCCAGAGACCGACCUCGACGCCGGCAUCGUCGCCUGGGACAGCCAAGAUGACCCCGCGAAUCCCAUGAACUUCACACAGUCGCGGAAGUGGACGCUGCUCGGCCUCGUCAGCGCGGUGACGGUCAUCUCGCCGCUGGCGUCGAGCAUGUUCUCGCCUGCCCUCGAAGACCUCGCGAGCGAUAUGGACAUCACGAACGACACGCUGCUGUCGUUCACGGUGAGCAUUUAUCUGCUGGGGUAUACGUUCGGCCCCAUGCUCCUCGCCCCGCUCAGCGAGAUCUACGGCCGCCGCAUCGUCCUCAGCUGCGCGAACUGGUUCUUCGUCGUCUGGCAGAUCGGAUGCGCGCUCGCCCCGAAUCUCGCAUCGCUGAUCAUCUUCCGGCUCCUCGCGGGCGCCGGCGGCUCCGGCUGCAUUACGCUCGGCGCCGGUGUCAUCGCCGACCUGUUCCCCGUGCACCAGCGCGGCCUCGCGACGUCGCUAUGGAGCCUUGGGCCGCUGAUGGGGCCUGUUAUCGGACCCAUUGCCGGUGGGUUCGUGGGCGAGAGUAUCGGGUGGCGAUGGGUGUUUUGGCUCCUCCUUAUUUCCGGCGGUGCGCUGUCCUUCGCGAUUGAGUGCUUUAAUAAAGAGACCUACGCGCCUGUUAUACUGCGCUGGAAGACCGACAAGCUGGGCAAGGAGCUUGGGCGGAGUGAUCUGCGCAGCCACUACGACAUCGAAGGGAAUGAUGUGAGUCCCGCGCGCGUGCUGAAGCUAGGGUUAAAGAGGCCGAUCAUCCUCCUCUGCAAAUCGCCCAUCGUGCUUUUUCUCGCAACAUACAUCGCCCUCCUCUACGGCCUACUGUAUCUAUUCUUCACGACAAUCCCCACCGUCUUCGGCGACCAGUACGGCUUCUCGCCUGGCCUUUCGGGCCUCGCAUACCUGGGCAUCGGGAUCCCCGUGUUCAUCGGCCUGGUGAUCAUCGCCACAACAUCCGACAAGAUCCUUCUGCGCCUUGCAGCCCGCAACGGCGGGAAAUUCGAGCCUGAGAUGCGCCUUCCGGCUAUGGUCUUCUGGUCGUUCUUCAUCCCCGUCUCGUUCUUCUGGUAUGGGUGGGCUGCGGAUAAGAAGGUUCAUUGGAUCGUCCCGAUCCUGGGUAUGAGUCCCUUUGGCUUGGGGAUGAUGGGAGCUUGGAUGCCGAUUCAGAUUUACAUCAUUGAUUGCUAUCCCAUGUAUGCGGCGAGCGGGAAUGCGGCGUUGACUGCGAGCCGGUCCCUUGUUGGGGCGCUGUUGCCCCUGGCUGGCCCGAAGAUGUUUGAGAGCCUGGGCAUUGGGUGGGGAAAUUCGUUGCUGGGGUUCAUUGCGUUGGGGUUUGUGCCGCUUACGGUGCUUUUAACGAGGUAUGGGAAGAGUAUAAGGGAGAGGUUUCCGGUUGAUUUGGAGAAGUAA